GUGAGGACCAUUGUGAGUACCACAGGGAGAGAGGCAAGAUGCUCUGCCUCCCGCAUUCCUCUCCCUUUCAGGAGGAGCUCACACUUGGUUAAGCACACACACUGAAGCUCUUCACCAGAGAGCGGCCGGCGAGAUGUGCGUUUUGUUUUGAGUUUUUUUUUGUUUUGUUUUGUUUGUCGGGAUGCCGCUGUUGAUUUUAGGUCAGGGCUGUUUGAUGUCAGCGCAGGUUAAGGGGUAUGUAAAGGAGGCUAAGUGAGACGAGGAGGCAGAGACAGAGAUGAGGGGCCUCAGGUUGAGGGACAAAGGACACAGUACCUGGCAUCUGGGAGAGGAGGAGUAGAGUGAGUAUGCUGCUUCAUCACUUUACUUUGCUGCUUGUUUCUUGUCUUCAUGUGCUUGUUUUUUGUUUUUUUUGUUUUUUUAUUGUAUUUCUUGAUUUGAAAGUGACUUUAAGUGAUGAUGAAGUGAAUCAUCUUUCAUCAGGUCAGGACAGAUAUUUAGUUGACCUUGAAAACGUUGUUUUUCAUGACGUGUUUCUCGGCGUGAAGCUGCAUUAAAAGAGGCACAGAUGCACACAGAGAGGCAGCUCCCGCCUCAGAGAUUCAUCCUGUAACAUAUGGAACCGGUUUGCCAUCGCGUUUCUUCCCUUCGGACACUGUUAAUGAGGGAAUUUUUUCAGUUUCCCACGAAUACAGUGGGAGAAAUGCUCCUUCAAAGCCCGCCUCCCCCUUUGCAAAAGGAAGAAGAAUAGCUCAUUCAUCCAUCUCCGCGAAGACUUCCUCGUCUCCAGACUCUCUUUCUCUCUCAGGCCGAGGGUUUAAGUUUGGUUUGACCACGCGAAAGAAAAGAAUGUUUCUAUUUUUGUCCAUCUUCUGAUUUGAAUUCCUUCAUGUCUUUCGCUACACAUUUUAGGAGCCAGAGGCCCAAUUGGGGUGCACACUGUCUACUCAACCCUUUGGAAUUUAUAGUUUAUUUGUGUUUUCAUGGCCGCAUGCAUUGAUCACUCUGCAAAGUCUGUGAACAGCUGAGAGAGGGACACUGUCUGCCCCACUGUCCAGCGACACAAUGAGCUGGAGCUUCCUCACGCGGCUGCUGGAGGAGAUCCACAACCACUCCACCUUCGUGGGGAAGCUGUGGCUCACCGUGCUCAUCGUCUUCCGCAUCGUUCUCACUGCCGUCGGGGGAGAGUCCAUCUACUACGACGAACAGAGCAAGUUUGUCUGCAACUCAGGCCAGCCGGGCUGUGAGAAUGUCUGCUACGACGCCUUCGCCCCUCUAUCUCACGUCCGCUUCUGGGUCUUCCAGAUUAUCUUGGUGGCGAUGCCUUCCCUCAUGUACAUGGGCUAUGCUGUCAAUAAGAUUGCGCGGUUAGACGAAGCCAAAGGAGGAACUGGCUCUACUGCCGUCAGAACAGGAGGAGGGGGCUACACGCACAGGAAGCCCAGGAAAAUCUGCUUUGGGGCUCGGCAGCAUCGGGGCAUCGAGGAGACCGAGGAGGACCAGGAGGACGAUCCUAUGAUCUAUGAGGUGCCAGAGAUUGAGCCCCCUAAAAGGCCGCGGGAUCCACUGCAACCCACACCCAGGCCCAAAGUCCGGCAUGAUGGGCGCAAGCGUAUCCAGGAUGAGGGGCUGAUGCGGGUCUACGUCUUGCAGCUGGUGACUCGUACAGUGUUAGAAGCCGGCUUCCUCGCAGGCCAGUAUUUGCUGUAUGGGUUCCGUGUGAUGCCUGUGUUCGUGUGCUCGGGGAAACCUUGUCCCCACAGCGUUGACUGCUUCGUGUCGCGGCCCACAGAGAAGACCAUCUUCCUGCGCAUCAUGUACGGCGUCACAGUCCUUUGCCUCACACUCAACGUUUGGGAGAUGCUCCACUUGGGAAUCGGUUCUAUCUGUGACAUUCUUCGCCGUCGUCGCUGCCCUCCUCAGGAGGAUGAGUACCAGUUGGGCUUGCUGGGCACCAAUGGGGGUGUGGAGGGUUCGGUAGGGGGGCCAGGCCCUGAGGCCGGGUCUGAGGGAGGGGUGGGCGGAGAUGGGGCUGCUGAUUACGUGGGGUACCCCUUCUCAUGGAACACCCCGUCAGCUCCACCGGGCUACAACAUCGUGGUAAAGCCCGAGCAGAUGCCCUACACGGACCUGAGCAACGCUAAGAUGGCAUGCAAGCAGAACCGGGCAAACAUUGCCCAAGAGGAGCAGCAGCAGUUUGGCAGCAAUGAGGAUAACUUCCCCACUGGAGGGGAGGCCCGCGUGGCUUUGAACAAAGACAUGAUCCAGCAGGCUCAUGAGCAGCUGGAGGCGGCCAUCCAGGCCUACAGCCAGCAGCACCGGGCAGAGGUGCAGCUUGGAGACAAUCAGGAUGACAAGCCCCAGAGUAACAUCAUCCAGGCCCAGCCGCAGCCACAGCCUCAGCCUCAGAAAGAGCGCAAGCAUAGAUUCAAGCACGGGAAGGGAGGCAGCAGUGGAGGAGGCAGCAGCAGCAACAGCAGCAGCAGCAAAUCAGGAGAGGGCAAGCCCUCAGUAUGGAUUUAACCCUGAAAACUGACACGUAAUGAAACCAUGUAUAUAUUAGAGGAUGGAUGACGAGCUGUUGCAAUCUUCCUUGGAUAUUUAAACACCACUGUGCCUUCGAGAAUCCUGCAAGCUGGAGAAGAUGUGUGUUUGUGUGCAAAAGAUGUGUAAAACAACCAGAAACAAAGGGUGAUGUUGCAGCUGACAAUGUGUUUUGUCUGGGCUAUCACUGUCUAACUUGAAACAUCUACACAAACUGUACUAGGCCGCAGUCUGUCGUUUACAUGUCUCCUUGAGUCCUGAAGCAGAUUAUUGACCUCUGAUGUCUUCCUGUUCGUCCUCUCUUGGGGAUUUGAACCUUAGAAGAAUGAUAAAUAGCUCUGUUGCAAAAUCUGGUCUGAUCCUAGAUUUGGCCUGGCUCAUUCGCUGGCCACUCCGCCGCAAAAGUGAGUACAUUGGCAUCCUAGACACCAGAAUGAGGUAUCACCGUAACACGAAGGCGAAGGGAGAGCCCUGGCGAAGCUCAAAGCUAUGGCUUCGUACUGUAGUGACGUUAUCGAGGAACGUCACCACAACGUAAAUGCAAUAAAAUUAAACGUAAUUGAGUGGCGGCGCCUAAAGCAGUGACGUCCAAAUGCAGCGAGAGCGUCACCUUCCUGACGGCUGUCUCCUGUCAGUCAUGUUCUGUCUGCGUUCCCUCCAGCGCGGAUCACAGCGUUAUGUUGCUGUGACCUUUGACAGUGUUUCUAUAUGUUUCCUGUGAUUGUUUGUUGUUGGUUUUUUUUGUAUGUGUGCUGCUCACAAACCGGAUGAGUCCAGCGCGCGGCUUUGUAUCCAGUCCCUGAGACAACAUGCUCUUUUUAACAAGGUGCAUAAACAAUCCAAUUUUUAUACCUUACUCUUCUCAGUUUCUCUCUCUCUGGCUCUUUCAUGGCUGUUUAGCAAGGCCGCUCAGCACUCCACUGGUUUCCCAUCCGCCUUGUAGUUGGCUGCCCCCUGGUGGCGUCUUCUGCAAGGGCUCGCUUUACCAGUUGCCAAUGCUACCUGCAUCCAGCAGCACCUUUACCAGCUGUAGUGUUUCCCUUUUCUAUCGAAGCCUUGUCCAGUCAGUCGAGGCUGCAUUAUCACCACGUCGUAAUGGAAAAGGUUCAAAGCCAUUACUCUAAUAUAGUGAGACCAAACACUGUUUGUGUGAUGCAAGUGUCAGUGCCAAGAUUUUUCUGCUGGGCUUGCCGUUAAAGCCUGGUUGUUUGUAGCUUUGGAAUACUGUGGCCAUGCUACUCCAGUUGUGGAAAAAAAACAAAAACAAUUAUGCCUCCAUGAGACCAACCCUUUUUUUUUGUAAAAGUCGUUUUUUGUAUUACAGUACGUGUAUUGCUUUUUUGGAAUGGGAUUUAAAAAUAGCGAACAAGCCAAUUUUUAUGUUCGAAUUUAGUGUUUUUAUAUGGAAACACUUCUUUUUUUUUCAAAGACGUCUUUUGUAAAAUAAAGAGGAAAAAAAAGAAGUUCCUUUCAAACAUGAAUUAGUCGUGUGGGUAUUUAUGGUUACUGUGUUUUAAAUUGCCUUCCGAUUGUAAAAAAUGUGAAAUAUGACAUAGUAUAUUUUUAUAAAAAAUGUCGGCUCGAUGUCUUAACGACGUAAAGAAAAGAAGCCAGACUUUGUUCCUUGUAUGUUACAGUAUCAGUAUUUAAUGUAAGUAGCGACCCUCCGGGCUGUGUUUCAAUAGACAGUGAUGCUCCUUUUGGGAUCUGCGUGUGGAGACAAACCGGCUGGUGGGACGAGCUGGAGACUUAAAGUGCCAAAUUAUUCAAAUCAUUCCAAGCAUUGUGCCGCAAAACGUUCUCCAAACAAGCAUUUUAUGACUGUAAAAUUGGGAGGGGAGCAAAUCUGAAGAGCUGGCACGUUAUGCUCUUGAUUUAUUGAUUCUCCAAAAAAGAAAAAACGACCGAACAAACCAUUACCCAGCCGUGCGGCUGGACAUCGUGACCUGACCUCACUCACGUUAACGCAACUGAUAAUACAGCUGCUGGAGUAUAAAAGCGUCUCUCUGAUUGGUUCAGGCUCCACAAGUCUUGUAAACAAGCCAGCAGACAGUCACAAUAAAUCUCCACAACUACUCCGGUCGUCGCUCCCCAGAGCUGUGACUGACACCGGCUGCACCGACGCCACUCUGUCGCCAACAAGCCGCAGUGAAUGCAGCUGGUGACGCUUUGCAGUCAGACAGCUGAUGUCACUAGAGGGCGACUUCCCGUCAAAGGAGGGAGCACUUUAGAGGUUUUGAGGACGAGCCGUGGGGAUACUCAAGGACCCCAUCUGUUCAGAGUCUGCACGACUGGCAGCUUGGCCUUAUAUCUCCAAAACUAUUCUAGGUUAUGUUGCUCAGACUUGUCUGUCUUUUUUUUAAUUUUUUUUUUUUAGGGGAAAGUAAGGAAUUCGGGCAGCUAUCCAGGGUUUAUUCUCUUCUGCAUAUUGUUGCUGUCCUGUGAAGACCAUGUCUCCAAAAUGUCAAGAGGGCUUUUUAAAGAAAGUGGUAGUGUCUGAUUUGAUACUGAUCGUCUUAUAUAAAUGUCAGUGUGUGUUUUAAGCUUUGUGAUGAUGCAUCUGUGAGAUAAUGGUGAAUAAGCAUGCUGGAUCAUUAGGUAGAAAGAUUCUCCAGACCCAUAAUGAGCAUCUAAUCUCUUGAGUUUAGCAGAAUGUCGGUUUCUUUCAGGGAUGUUUAUUCUUUGUGAGGACUGCUCACCACCAGAGGCAGAUUUAUUCCAAGUUUGAAUACUUUGCCAAUUUAAUUAUUUAAGGGUUUCUCAACAAAACAUGUUGCAGCACUGACAGUGUGCAAGAAUUCAGCUUUUUCUCUUGCAAGGAAGCAAAGAAAAUGAUGUUACGUGAAAUAAAACUCAUCUAAAUUUGAGAAAUGUUUCAUCCAACAGCGACAAUAUGCAUUCGAGCGCCCUUUUGACUUUCCGCUGUAUCUUGAAGCGUCAAGACUUGCGGGUUAAAGAGAACGUAGCUUCAAGUGCGCAAGGGUGCAAUCAUGAUAAAGAAGGUUAACAGUGUUUAGAGCAAUGCUCUCAUAGAACAUUAUUUGUACUUGAUUUAUCUCUCUGCUGUAUGAGCGCCCAUGUCUGCCAGGUAAGGAAAAGAAUAAGAUGAAAAUUAAGUUUAAUUUAAAAAUAUUCCCAUAAUAAAUCCAAAUAUUGAGGGGAAAAGUCCACUUAAGGAGGUAACAAGACACUUUUAUGAGAGAAAAAGUGAUUAUUAGGAGAUGCAUGGCCAUAAAUAUGAGAUAAUAAACUUCUGUGAAUAAAAAGUCAUAAUUAUGAGUAAAAAAGUCAAAAUAUUAGAUGAGAGUUGAAAUUAUCACAUAAAAGUCAUAAUCAUGAUCUUAUAUGAGAUUUUAUGAGAAAAGAUUGAAAUUAUGACAAAAAGACAGAAUUAUUAAAUAAGAAGUAUGUAUGAAGAAGAAAGAAGAAAGAAGGAAAAGUACGAGAUGUACGAGUACGAGUCAAAACUGUGACAGAAAACGUCUGAACUUUGAGAUAAAAUGUUAAAAUGUAUCCAUAAUUCUUACUUUUUAUCUCAUAAUUAUAACUUAUUUUGGUAAAAAAUAUGAAAAUUAAAAAUGUAUCAAGGCUAUGUUUUCAUCCAUUUUCUUUGUUUUACUGGCAGAACUGUGCUUCCACAGAUGUCGUGUAUUAAAACAGACAGAGACUGAACGCCGGUUGUAUCAGAUGAUGAUCUUUUGUGGGUCUGUUCAUCAGGGAUACCACGAUGUCCACCCUCAGCAUCCGUCUGUCUGUGUAAAAACAAUGUCUGUGUUCAGAAGAAAAGGCUGUUGUCUUGUUUCCCUACAUGUUCCUUAUAGUUGCCCGUGUGGGACGUGACAAUGAAACCAGUGGUAUAACCAGUGCAAACUCUGAUUCAUACAUGCAUUUGUGUGUUUUUCUAUGCCUUUUUGUAAAACGUACAUUUCUUUGAGUGCCAUUCUGGUAUCCCCUCCCCUCCCCACCCCCCCGGCCAAGAUUUUUUUCAUAAUUCUUUGAUGAAUACAAUUGAUUUGCAUGUGAAAAGACCUAUUUUCCUACAAAAAUAA